CAGAUUUUACUWUUACUUUAAAGAGAGUGGUAUUGGUUUAAGAAUUUUCUGAAAUUGUACAUACUUCUCAUUCAUCGCCAGAUUGUGUUCUGUCAUGAUGUACAUAAUUAUAUUGGUGCUGGGAUUCAUGUCACAGGUGUACGCAGAGAAGUCUGUAGUUGGUUGUGUUACUGGAGAUCAAGCAAAGACAUUGAACGAAGAGAUCAUUAAGAUGCUCGAGGCAACGCCUUUGGUCGAACUUAUGACUACAUAUUCUACCAGUGUGGCAGAAGGGGCAAUGARAAAGAUCGAGAAAUGCUACGAAAAGGAGAAAGUGCUGUACAAAUUGUCCUGUAUGAUUCUGGAGACUGUUGGGCAAGACGGCAGCGCGAUCAUGAAGCAAUUUGAACAAUACAAGAAUAGUCAAUUGGUUGGAUUUCAGAACGCUUAUGAAAAGAUUCUUAAUCCUUUGAUUCAGGGCGCCCAACGAAUUGAGUCUGCUAUCACUGAGGGUAAGAAAAGAACGUUUGAACAGUGUUAA